AGGCGGCGGGAGGCGGCGGCCGCGGCGGCGGGAGGCGGCGGGAGGCGGGCGGAGGAGGAGGCGGAGGAGGCGGGAGCUGAGCUGAGUGGGGCGGGCGGCGGCGGGGCCCGAGCCGGAGAAGAUGGCGGUGCGGAAGAAGGACGGCGGCCCCAACGUGAAGUACUACGAGGCCGCGGACACCGUGACCCAGUUCGACAACGUGCGGCUGUGGCUCGGCAAGAACUACAAGAAGUAUAUACAAGCUGAACCACCCACCAACAAGUCUCUGUCUAGCCUGGUUGUACAGUUGCUACAAUUUCAGGAAGAAGUUUUUGGCAAACAUGUCAGCAAUGCACCGCUCACUAAACUGCCGAUCAAAUGUUUCCUGGAUUUCAAAGCGGGAGGCUCCUUGUGCCACAUUCUUGCAGCUGCCUACAAAUUCAAGAGUGACCAGGGAUGGCGGCGUUACGAUUUCCAGAAUCCAUCACGCAUGGACCGCAAUGUGGAAAUGUUUAUGACCAUUGAGAAGUCCUUGGUGCAGAAUAAUUGCCUGUCUCGACCUAACAUUUUUCUGUGCCCAGAAAUUGAGCCCAAACUACUAGGGAAAUUAAAGGACAUUAUCAAGAGACACCAGGGAACAGUCACUGAGGAUAAGAACAAUGCCUCCCAUGUUGUGUAUCCUGUCCCGGGGAAUCUAGAAGAAGAGGAAUGGGUACGACCAGUCAUGAAGAGGGAUAAGCAGGUUCUUCUGCACUGGGGCUACUAUCCUGACAGUUACGACACAUGGAUCCCAGCGAGUGAAAUUGAAGCAUCUGUGGAAGAUGCUCCAACUCCUGAGAAACCUAGGAAGGUUCAUGCAAAGUGGAUCCUGGACACCGACACCUUCAAUGAAUGGAUGAAUGAGGAAGACUACGAAGUAAAUGAUGACAAAAACCCUGUCUCCCGCCGAAAGAAGAUUUCAGCCAAGACACUGACAGAUGAGGUGAACAGCCCAGAUUCAGAUCGACGGGACAAGAAGGGGGGAAACUAUAAGAAGAGGAAGCGCUCCCCCUCUCCUUCACCAACCCCAGAAGCGAAGAAGAAAAAUGCUAAGAAAGGUCCCUCAACACCUUAUACUAAGUCAAAGCGUGGCCACAGAGAAGAGGAGCAAGAAGACCUGACAAAGGACAUGGACGAGCCCUCACCAGUCCCCAAUGUAGAAGAGGUGACACUUCCCAAAACAGUCAACACAAAGAAAGACUCAGAGUCGGCCCCAGUCAAAGGCGGCACCAUGACUGACCUGGAUGAACAGGAAGAUGAAAGCAUGGAGACGACGGGCAAGGAUGAGGAUGAGAACAGUACGGGGAACAAGGGAGAGCAGACCAAGAAUCCAGACCUGCAUGAGGACAAUGUGACUGAACAGACCCACCACAUCAUCAUUCCCAGCUACGCUGCCUGGUUUGACUACAAUAGCGUUCAUGCCAUUGAGCGGAGGGCUCUCCCUGAGUUCUUCAACGGCAAGAACAAGUCCAAGACUCCAGAGAUCUACCUGGCCUAUCGAAACUUUAUGAUUGACACUUACCGACUGAACCCCCAAGAAUAUCUUACCUCUACCGCCUGCCGCCGAAACCUAGCGGGUGAUGUCUGUGCCAUCAUGAGGUGGGUCUUGUGGCUGAGGGGAAGGGGGUACAUGAGGAUGCCUGCCUAUGGAUGUGUUUUGGCAACAGUAGAGAUGCCAGCAAGGAACACAGAGGAGCAGACAGAAAAAAGCACCUCUAGAGAAAGGGUCCAUGCCUUCCUAGAACAGUGGGGUCUUAUUAACUACCAGGUGGAUGCUGAGAGUCGACCAACCCCAAUGGGGCCUCCGCCUACCUCUCACUUCCAUGUCUUGGCUGACACACCAUCAGGGCUGGUGCCUCUGCAGCCCAAGACACCUCAGGGCCGCCAGGUUGAUGCUGAUACCAAGGCUGGGCGAAAGGGCAAAGAGCUGGAUGACCUGGUGCCAGAGACGGCUAAGGGCAAGCCAGAGCUGCAGACCUCUGCUUCCCAACAAAUGCUCAACUUUCCUGACAAAGGCAAAGAGAAACCAACAGACAUGCAAAACUUUGGGCUGCGCACAGACAUGUACACAAAAAAGAAUGUUCCCUCCAAGAGCAAGGCUGCAGCCAGUGCCACUCGUGAGUGGACAGAACAGGAAACCCUGCUUCUCCUGGAGGCACUGGAAAUGUACAAAGAUGACUGGAACAAAGUGUCCGAGCAUGUGGGAAGCCGCACACAGGACGAGUGCAUCUUGCAUUUUCUUCGUCUUCCCAUUGAAGACCCAUACCUGGAGGACUCAGAGGCCUCCCUAGGCCCCCUGGCCUACCAACCCAUCCCCUUCAGUCAGUCGGGCAACCCUGUUAUGAGCACUGUUGCCUUCCUGGCCUCUGUCGUCGAUCCCCGAGUCGCCUCUGCUGCUGCAAAGUCAGCCCUAGAGGAGUUCUCCAAAAUGAAGGAAGAGGUACCCACGGCCUUGGUGGAGGCCCAUGUUCGAAAAGUGGAAGAAGCAGCCAAAGUAACAGGCAAGGCGGACCCUGCCUUCGGUCUGGAAAGCAGUGGCAUUGCAGGAACCACCUCUGAUGAGCCUGAGCGGAUUGAGGAGAGCGGGAAUGACGAGGCUCGGGUGGAAGGCCAGGCCACAGAUGAGAAGAAGGAGCCCAAGGAACCCCGAGAAGGAGGGGGUGCUAUAGAGGAGGAAGCAAAAGAGAAAACCAGCGAGGCUCCCAAGAAGGAUGAGGAGAAAGGGAAAGAAGGCGACAGUGAGAAGGAGUCCGAGAAGAGUGAUGGAGACCCAAUAGUCGAUCCUGAGAAGGAGAAGGAGCCAAAGGAAGGGCAGGAGGAAGUGCUGAAGGAAGUGGUGGAGUCUGAGGGGGAAAGGAAGACAAAGGUGGAGCGGGACAUUGGCGAGGGCAACCUCUCCACCGCUGCUGCCGCCGCCCUGGCCGCCGCCGCAGUGAAAGCCAAGCACUUGGCUGCUGUUGAGGAAAGGAAGAUCAAAUCUUUGGUGGCCCUGCUGGUGGAGACCCAGAUGAAAAAGUUGGAGAUCAAACUUCGGCACUUUGAGGAGCUGGAGACUAUCAUGGACCGGGAGCGAGAAGCACUGGAGUAUCAGAGGCAGCAGCUCCUGGCCGACAGACAAGCCUUCCACAUGGAGCAGCUGAAGUAUGCGGAGAUGAGGGCUCGGCAGCAACACUUCCAACAGAUGCACCAACAGCAGCAGCAGCCACCACCAGCCCUGCCCCCAGGCUCCCAGCCUAUCCCCCCGACAGGGGCUGCUGGGCCACCCGCAGUCCAUGGCUUGGCUGUGGCUCCAGCCUCUGUAGUCCCUGCUCCUGCUGGCAGUGGGGCCCCUCCAGGAAGCUUGGGCCCUUCUGAACAGAUUGGGCAGGCAGGGUCAACUGCAGGGCCACAGCAGCAGCAACCAGCUGGAGCCCCCCAGCCUGGGGCAGUCCCACCAGGGGUUCCCCCCCCUGGACCCCAUGGCCCCUCACCGUUCCCCAACCAACAAACUCCUCCCUCAAUGAUGCCAGGGGCAGUGCCAGGCAGCGGGCACCCAGGCGUGGCGGGUAAUGCUCCUUUGGGUUUGCCUUUUGGCAUGCCGCCUCCUCCUCCUCCUCCUGCUCCAUCCAUCAUCCCAUUUGGUAGUCUAGCUGACUCCAUCAGUAUUAACCUCCCCGCUCCUCCUAACCUGCAUGGGCAUCACCACCAUCUCCCGUUCGCCCCGGGCACUCUCCCCCCACCUAACCUGCCUGUGUCCAUGGCGAACCCUCUACAUCCUAACCUGCCGGCGACCACCACCAUGCCAUCUUCCUUGCCUCUCGGGCCGGGGCUCGGAUCCGCCGCAGCCCAAAGCCCUGCCAUUGUGGCAGCUGUUCAGGGCAACCUCCUGCCCAGUGCCAGCCCACUGCCAGACCCAGGCACCCCCCUGCCUCCAGACCCCACAGCCCCGAGCCCAGGCACGGUCACCCCUGUGCCACCUCCACAGUGAGGAGCCAGCCAGACAUCUCUCCCCCUCACCCCCUGUGGACAUCAUGGUUCCAGGAACAGCCCUUCCCCCACCACUGGGACCCUCCCCAGCCUGGAGAGUUCAUCACUACGUAAGGAAAGCUCCUUCCGCCCCUCCAAAGCCCUCACCAUGCCUAACAGAGGCAUGCAUUUUUAUAUCAGAUUAUUCAAGGACUUCUGUUUAAAAGAUGUUUAUAAUGUCUGGGAGAGAGGAUAGGAUGGGAAUGCUGCCCUAAAGGAAGGGCUGGUGAAAGGUGUUUAUACAAGGUUCUAUUAACCACUUCUAAGGGUACACCUCCCUCCAAACUACUGCAUUUUCUAUGGAUUAAAAAAAAAAAAAAAAAGUAGAUUUUAAAAAGCCACAUCGGAGCUCCCUUCUACCCACUAAAAAAUAACCAAUUUUUACAUUUUUUGAGGGGGAGUGAGUUUUAGGAAAGGGGAAUUAAGAUUCCAGGGAGAGCUCUGGGGAUAGAACAGGGCGCAGAUUCCAUCUCUCCCCAAGCCCCUUUUUAGUGACUAAGUCAAGGCCCCAACUCCCCUCCCCCACCCUACGCCGAGCUUAUUCGAGUUCAUUUGUACUAAUAAUCCCUCCUGCGGCUUCCUCAUUGUUGCUGUUUUAGGCCACCCCAGCUCAGCCAAUGAUUCCUUUCCCUCUGAAUGUCAGUUUUGUUUUUAAAAGUCACUUGCUUAGUUGAUGUCAGCGUAUGUGUAUUUGGUGGGGAAAACCUAAUUUCGGGGAUUUCUGUGGUAGGUAAUAGGAGAAGAAAGGGCACUGGGGGCUGUUCUCCUUCCUUCCCUGGACUGUAUCCAUGGACUCCUGGAAGGCACAGAGAAGGGAGCUAUAAGAGGAUGUGAAGUUUUAAAACCUGAAAUUGUUUUUUAAAGCACUUAAGCACCUCCAUAUUAUGACUUGGUGGUUCACCCCUUAGCCUCCUCCCUCUCCCACCAAGACUGUGAGAACUUCAGCUGAUAGCUGGGGGCUCCCCAGAUGAGGAUGCAGGGAUUUGGGAGCAGUGGAAGAGGGUGCCCAACCUUGGGUUGGACCAGCCCUUGGCUCGCAGCUCAACUCUGCUUCCCGCAUUCCUGCUCCACGUCCCAGCUUCUCCCCUGUGACCGGAAGGCAGGUGUGACUCCAGGCUCUGCACUGGUUCUUCUUGGUUCCUCCCACCAGGCCCUUUGUUCCUCAUGUCCCCAUGUUUCUCUCCCUCUGCGUCUUAGCACCUUUCUUCUGUUCAAAGUUUUCUGUAAAUCUUCUCUUUUUCUUUCUUUCUUUUUUUUUUUUUAUAAAUUAAUUUGCUUUCAGUUCCA